AUAAGGUUAAACCCUUACCGUGCGCUAUGGUGCGCAAAACACCAUAAAAAAAAUUCUCUCUUCUUUCUCUCUCCUUCUCUAAACAAAAUCCCCCAAAUUGUAGUGAGAGAAACCAUAAAUCUUCAAUCAAACUGGCUACAAGUAGUACUAGUAUGUUGUUGUCCGUUUUUUUAGCCCUGUUUCUACCUUGCGCCGGUAUGAGCGUAGUUUUCGUGGUGUACAUUUGCUUGCUGUGGUACGCCGCUAGUCGAACACCACCACCUGAUCAUCCGCCGGUAAAACCAACGGUCAAAAAAGGAUUAUCGGCGGCGGAACUCCAGAGGCUUCCUAAAGUUACGGGCAAACAACUUGUUCAUGGAAAUGAAUGUGCUGUUUGUUUAGAUGAUAUUGAAGAUGAUCAACCGGCUCGUAUGGUGCCUGGUUGUAAUCACGGUUUUCAUCUUCAGUGUGCUGAUACUUGGCUUUCUAAACAACCUGUUUGUCCGGUUUGUCGUACUAAACUUGGCCCGGAAUUCUUCGAAUCCUCCACUCAAAAUCCUUGUUAAACAAUAGUUCCAUCAUUUCACACAUCUUUUUUCUCCUUUUUUCCUACGAUCUGCGUAGAUUUUUGACAUCAUUUUCACUUGUAGAGGUUUUAAUUUUAUUAAUUUAUUAUGUAUUAAUAGUAAUUUUUUCUCUAAUUU